GUUGAUAUCAUCAGAUUUAUGCAUAGUCAUGCUGCAGUAUAGUUGGUUUUGGAAUCCACUCAUAGGUUGAACAAAAACGCCAGUAAUUUUUAAAUCUAGAAUCGUCUAUUUAUCGUUUAUACUUAUAUAAAUAUUACUCGUCAAUACUUCUCAACCAGACUGAUUUGUGGCAUGUUCUUGAAGUCACCUAUUUCAUUUAUUUCGUUUAUUUAAAUUAAAAGUAAUUUGAGUGCAUAUACAAUGUCACAAAUUACCCGAGACUUAGACAUAAUAAUCUUCGGAGCGACCGGUUUUACCGGAAAACACUGCCUCCCCUUGAUUGAAAAAUUUUCAAAAAAACUGCACUUAAAAUGGGGUGUGGCCGGACGUUCCGCCAAAAAACUCAAAGAAUUUCUAGACCAAUGCGGACAAGAAAUUGGGACUUCCCUUGCAAACAUCCCAGUCAUUGUUGCCGACGUACAGGACGAAAAAAGCCUAAGAGAAAUGGCGCGCAAGGCCCGGAUUAUCAUAAAUAGUUGCGGGCCCUAUCGCUUUUUUGGGGAACCAGUCGUUAAGGCGUGCAUCGAAGAGGGCACCCACCAUGUGGACGUCAGUGGGGAAACCUAUUACAUUGAGUCAAUGCAACUGAAAUACCAUUCAAAAGCCCAGGAAAAGGGGGUUUACAUAAUCAGCACGUGCGGUUUUGACAGUAUUCCGACCGAUUUAGGGGUGGUUUUCUUGCAAAAAAAAUUCAACGGCACCUUGAAUUCAGCUAUUACCAUUUUGGAAAUCUGGGAGGAGGGGGAACCGACGCCAGGAGCGACGCUUAAUUUCGGGACUUGGGAGUCAGCGGUUUAUGAAGUGGGAUACGCUAGUAAAUUGAAGAGUGUCAGGAGACAGUUGUUCCCGAAUAAAUUGCCGAAUCUUACGCCGAAAUUGAAACUAAAAUCUAUUCCACACAAAAGUGAUUUAGUGGAGGGUUGGGUGGUUCCAUUUGACGGAACCGAUCAGCCGGUAAUCGAACGCUCGCAACGCCUUUUCUACGAAAAAGACUCCAAAAGGCCGGUUCAAGCCGAGACCUACUUCGCUAUAAAAUCAUUCACGACCGUUCUAAAAAUGGCUUUUAUGGGUUUAAUGUUUCUGAUUUUAUCGAAAUUCGAGUACGGCCGAAAUCUCUUACUUAAGUAUCCGGAAAAGUUCACUUCAGGAUUCUUCAGCCGCGUCUCUCCUAGUGAGGAAAAAGUCGAAAAGGUGCGCUUCAGUGUUACUUUAUAUGGAGAAGGUUGGAAGGAAACGCUUCCUGAGGGAAGUGAUCAAUAUUCAACGCCUCCAAAUAGAGCAAUUGCGGCUAAAGUCAAGGGGAAACACCCAGGUUAUGCAGCUACGUGUGCCUGCUUGGUGCUGGCUGCUAUAACUAUUAUCACUGAGACUGAUAAAAUGCCACCAGAGGGUGGCGUGUACCCACCAGGAUAUGCGUUCGCUAAAACGUCCCUGAUUGAACAAUUGGAUCAAAACGAAGUCAAUUUUGAGGUUUUGUUUGAGAAGGAUUUGUCCUAAAUAAAAAUUAUUUAAUGGGUUUAUGUAAUCAUUACUACUUGUUUUUUAUAUGUAUCGUAUUUUAGGAGAGAUAAAUAAAAGAUUGUGUAAUAAAAUAUAAA